ACACAAACAUUUGUAAAUUGUUACGUAUUUACAUAACCUUCGGCUGCCAAACCGAAUGUAGAAGUAAACGGAUGGCCAUUUGUCUCGUCGCACCUUUACAGAAAUGAAGAAUAUUCUACUUGGUAUUAUUUCUUUCUUCGUUUUAGUUAUCUUUGCCGAGGAAGAUUCUAAGCACGAAGAUCCUUGCUACUUGGAGGACGGUGUCUGUACUAACGAAAACCAUUGUCGAUAUAACAGAAUAAUUCGGACUCCUAAUCUCUGUUGGCAACAAAACAAAACCGUGUGCUGUUAUAAUCCCGCAGUUUACGAUUGCUUCGAGAUGCCGGCUGCGGAUUGUGUUCCCGUAGAAGACUGUGGCGGCGCAAUUACACACCCCGAAAAGAAAUGUCCAAAUAACGGCGUGUGCUGUAUUUACCUUUGAUAAGAACUCUUGUUUCGGUUCUUAAUAUUGUACUU